AGCAAACCCACCGUUCACACAGUACAUAACGAUAAACCAACAGACCCUAACCGUUGAGAACGCAGACCCUCAUUCACAACGUGUGCCCCCAUUGAAAGUCAAAUAAAUCAUUGGCUCAGAGCGCGCCAACUCAAACUCUCUUCGGUAGUCCUUACCGCAGUGGAACCGAACUCCUUACGCUUGGCCAGUGGCCACUUAGUAGUAGUUAAAAAAAGGGCACUUACUUAGUUCCCGCCGUUUAAGUGACAGAAACCGAAACGCUGCCAGCAUUCUCUGUGCACAAAGUGGGCGUUCUUUUUUCACUGCUCAAAUCGUUUUCUCCCUCUAUUGAUCGUUUGAGAAUUCUUCAAAUCCGAAACCCUAAUUCUCUCCGUCGCGUUCGUUAAUGGUGCUUCAUCCUCGUCCACGCCGUUCCAAUGGGAACGACCAGCAGCCUGUAGCUGAAGCUGAAGCUGAUGGCCAAGGCACCAGUGUUAACUAUGCAGAUAUUCACACCUUAUCUUCUGAUUCUGAUUCUGAUUCUGAUUCUGAUUCUGAUUCUAUUGUAUAUUCAAAUUCUAGUUACGAAGGAUUGCUAGAUAACUUCAAUCAAGAACCAGGGUCAAGUAGUAGCAGUUGUGACACUUCUGAUUAUUAUGAACAUGGAAAAAGGCAAAAGCCAAAGUUCAGUAAUGCAAGAAGUUCUCAUGUGAAAAAUAGAGGACCAAAUGAUGUUGAUAGAUGGGAAAAUGACCAAGAAAGAUGGAUUGAUGAGAAUUUUUCAGAAGAUGCUGACUUAGAUAAUCAGAAUGAAGUAUUGACAGAAACUGCUGAGGCAUCUUCUGAUCUGACUAUGCCUUUACUUAGGUACCAAAAGGAAUGGUUAGCCUGGGCUUUGAAACAGGAAAAUUCUGAUACUAGAGGUGGCAUCCUUGCAGAUGAAAUGGGAAUGGGAAAGACGAUUCAAGCAAUAGCACUUGUCCUUGCCAAACGUGAAUUGAUGCAAAGUAGUUCUGCACCAGCUGAACCCAUACUAUCGCAUUCACCUUCUUUAUCUGGAAUCUUGCCUGCGAUCAAAGGAACACUUGUCAUUUGUCCUGUUGUCGCUGUUACUCAGUGGGUUAAUGAGAUUGAUCGGUUUACCAUCAAAGGAAGCACCAAGGUGCUCGUUUAUCAUGGGGCAAGGAGAGGGAAGAGUAUUGAACAGUUCUUGGAUUAUGAUUUUGUGAUAACUACGUACUCUACUGUUGAGUCUGAGUACAGGAAGUUUAUGAUGCCUCCUAAGGAAAAACAAUCAAGGCAAGUUAAGAAGAAAACAGAAGUCACUAGAGGGAUGUACAAAGAAGGUGUGAGUAAGAUGUCUUGUAGUGAAAAUGAACUGAGCAUGGACGCAGAAGAUGCAAAUGCCACACACAGGGGUAUGUCACUUCUUCAUGCUGUUAAAUGGCUGCGGAUUAUAUUGGACGAGGCACACUACAUAAAGUCCAGACAUAGUAACACAGCAAAAGCAGUUCUUGCUUUAGAGUCUUCCUACAAAUGGGCUUUAAGUGGCACUCCCAUUCAGAACCGUGUUGGAGAACUGUAUUCUCUGGUACGGUUCCUGCAAAUAACUCCGUAUUCAUUUUACUUGUGCAUGGACUGUGAUUGCAGGACCCUUGAUCACAGCUCCAAACAAUGUCCAGACUGCAGCCACAGUUCAGUUAGACAUUUCUGUUGGUGGAAUAAAUAUGUUUCCACACCAAUUCAAUCCUCUCUAAGUAGCUAUGGGCGGGGUAAUAGAGCUAUGGUCUUGCUUAAACACAAAGUUCUGAAGAACAUACUACUAAGGCGCACUAAAAUAGGCAGGGCUGCUGAUCUUGCACUUCCUCCUAGAAUUGUCUCACUGAGAAGGGAUUGUCUGGAUAUAAAAGAGCAAGACUAUUAUGAGUCAUUAUACAAUGAAAGUCAGGCACAAUUUAAUACGUAUGUCGAAUCUAAUACACUGAUGAAUAAUUAUGCUCAUAUAUUUGAUCUUCUCACACGGCUGCGUCAGGCUGUUGAUCAUCCAUACCUUGUGGUAUAUUCUCAAGCUGCAGCACGACAAGGUGGCCAUGUGGCUAGUAAUUCUACUGCUGAAGAACAAGCAUGUGGCAUUUGUCAUGAACCAGUGGAAGAUCCUGUGGUUACCUCUUGUGAGCAUAGAUUUUGCAAGACAUGCUUGAUAGAUUUCUCUACUGCUUUGGGACAAGUAUCAUGCCCUUCAUGCUCUCAAUUACCUACUGUUGAUUUAACUUCCCACAAGGAUGUUGGGUACCAGGCAAAUAAAACCACUAUUAAGGGAUUCAGAUCCUCAAGCAUUUUAGACAGAAUUCAGCUUGAGAACUUUCAGACAAGUACUAAAAUAGAGGCUUUGCGAGAAGAAAUAAGAUCUAUGGUCGAAAGGGAUGGUUCUGCCAAAGGGAUUGUUUUUAGUCAGUUCACAUCAUUCUUGGAUCUAAUAAACUUCUCUUUGAAUAAGUCUGGGGUGUCUUGUGUUCAAUUGAAUGGAAAUAUGACAAUGACUGCCCGAGAUGCUGCCAUUAAGAGGUUUACCAAUGAUCCAGACUGCAGGAUUUUUCUCAUGAGCCUGAAGACCGGAGGCGUUGCACUCAAUUUGACUGUAGCAUCACAUGUUUUCCUUAUGGAUCCUUGGUGGAACCCAGCUGCGGAGCGUCAGGCUCAAGACAGAAUUCACCGAAUAGGACAAUUUAAACCUAUAAGAAUUGUGAGAUUUAUAAUUGAGAACACUGUUGAGGAGAGGAUUUUGAAUCUGCAACAGAAGAAGGAACUAGUGUUUGAAGGGAUUAUAGGUGGCUCUUCUGAUGCUCUGGGAAAACUGACGGAGGGAGACUUGAAAUUCCUAUUUGGUACAUAGGUAGGUGCCGGCUUCUAAUUUGGUAGGAGGAUUUGUUGAAGGCCUUCCUGCUAUCCAUUUUGCAGAACUAAUUUUUAGGUAGAAAAAUUAUGAGACCCCACAAUUAUGCCAUGCAUUCUGUGGCAACCCGAUUAUUUUUGAAAGUUUAUGGUGGCAAUGUAAAUGCAUUAGCUGUAAAUACACAUGAUAGGGUAUACAUAUUUCUCCGCUGUGCCUUUUGCCUCUGCCCAUGUAAAUGCGGCAGUGUGCCGUCGAGUGUCAGUGGGGAUUUUGAAGCUCUGAAUAUUCUAAUUCAAUCUUCCCCGCGGAAUAACGGGGCCCCAAUUGUAAUAAUUUUCAGAAUUUCAACGUAAAGCAUAUUCACGCCAGAAGAUUUUUUGUUAUCCCCAUGAGUCCGUUAUUUGCGUCAGAUAUUACAGACU